GGACAUAUCGACUUGGCCUGUUAUUUAAUUGAAUUAAUUGGGCCUAUAUAUGGAUUCGCACAAGACUGGGUUUGUAAAAGAACUGGCUAAUAGCAAGACACGUGGACUGACCCCAUAAAUUAACAAGUGGAGACCGCUUAUCAUAAGUGUUGGUUGGUUGGUUUGGUUGAGUCAAGAACCAUGGCUCUGUUUCAAGGGAAGGUGUCACUGUCCUCAAGUUAUUCGUCGUUUCAUUCUCUUCCGAGGUUAGUCGUUCCCAAGCCUCUUAGUAGCAGAGUCGCAGUGACAAGGUCCCGUUCGACUUGCAGAGCUUCGUGGCAAGAGCUCGCCGGAGUAUUGGUUUUCUCGGCGAUACCUUUCACGGCGGUUAAAGCAAUCGCGAACAGCUCAUUGGGAGAAUCUUUGCGGCGGAGAUUGGAAGAGAAAAAGAAAGAAGCCGUUGAGACUUCUUCAAGAUUCAAAGCUAAAGCUCAAAAGGCUAGAACCGACAGCAAGUGGUAUGGGGAAGAACGUCCCCGUUGGUUUGGUCCAAUCCCAUAUGAUUACCCGCCAUACCUUACAGGAGAACUUCCUGGGGAUUAUGGAUUCGACGUUGCUGGACUUGGCAAGGAUCGUUUCACUUUUGAUAAGUACUUCAACUUUGAAAUACUUCAUGCUCGUUGGGCCAUGCUUGCAGCGUUGGGUGCUCUAAUCCCUGAAAUAUUUGAUCUCACGGGAGCUUUCCAUUUUGCUGAACCCGUAUGGUGGCGAGUUGGUUACUCGAAGCUUCAGGGAGAAACGUUGGACUACUUGGGCAUUCCAGGGCUGCACUUAGCUGGAAGCCAAGGUGUCAUUGUAAUCGCCAUUUGUCAAGUACUCUUGAUGGUAGGACCGGAAUAUGCAAGAUACUGUGGCAUUGAGGCGUUAGAGCCACUGGGAAUAUACUUGCCAGGGGACAUAAACUAUCCCGGAGGGACGCUUUUUGAUCCCUUGAACCUCUCUGAGGACCCGGUAGCUUUUGAAGAUCUUAAGGUUAAAGAGAUUAAAAACGGGAGACUAGCUAUGGUCGCAUGGCUUGGAUUCUAUUCACAGGCUGCUUUCACUGGAAAAGGUCCUGUUCAAAAUCUUGUUGACUAUGUCUCUGAUCCCUUACAUAACAAUCUGGUAGCCAUGCUUCUUCAGACAUGAAGAGUCUACUAUGUAUGUACAUAUGUCAAAACAAAAAAAGACAAUGCGUGAAUAUGUUUAACACCAUAUGUUACUUAGUACAUGAUAACUAUAACCAACACUUUAUCUAUUUCUAAAUACUAAAUCCUGUAAUUGGCAACUUGAGGAAUUUGUAAAAGAACAAUCAAUAGAAUGUGUAUAGUGUGUUGUUUUAA